AUGAAUAUAGGUGAAACUUCGUACCUUUUUGUGGAGGUUGGCAAUGAGUCCAGUGCUCCUAUCGUACAUUUUAAAUCUUCACUCCACUCCACCUCAGGAGUUGUCUCCAACUCGAGGUGCUUGGUCAAAGCCACCUCCAACUCAUCUCUGCCAACAGUUUCAAACACUUCCUACACCGCAGGGUCAAUAGCACUCACAGAGAAAACAGAGCUAAAGUUGGAGUUUGAGGGAUAUUUCAUAGUAUCAAAGAUAUUAAAGUGCACAAUUUCCCCAUUAAACUCCAUGGAUAAGAUGUCAAGUACAGGGGAUAAUACAGCUACAACAGCUACAAGCCCAAGUGUUGAUCAUUCAUCAUCAGAUCCAAAAAUUGUUGCUAAAGCCUCUGAAACUGAUACAUGUCAAGUACCACCUCUUCCAACAUCCGAGACAAAAGUGUCUAGCAAGAGUAAUAGGUCUUGGGUUUGGGAGCAUUACGUAGUUGUUACAGGUACGGAAACAAAAGACAAGAAAGCUACUUGUAAAUAUUGUGAACAACUGAUUGCUUGUGCAAGCAAAAAUGGUACUACUUCUUUGAGUAAUCACCUUCAUAGGUGUAAAAAAUAUCCGUAUAAUAGCACGGAUAAGAGGCAAAAGACGCUGGAGUUUAAACCAAAAGAGGGAGGGGGAAAAGCAUUAACAACCCAUAUGUUUGAUCAAGAAGCAUGUAGGAGAAUGUUGGCUAGGAUGGUGAUUAUAGAUGAACUGCCUUUUAAAUUUGUGGAAAGGGAGGGAUUUCUGGAUUUUUGUCUAGUUAUGCAGCCACGGUUUGAAAUGCCAUCACGUAGAACUAUAACUACAGACUGCCAUAAGCUUUUUUUAGAUGAGAAGAAAAGUUUGAAAGCAUACUUUGAAACUUUAUCCUCCCGCAUUUGUCUCACCACUGAUGCUUGGACAUCCAUUCAAAAUCUGAAUUAUUUGUGUUUGACAGCUCACUUCAUUGAUGAUAAAUGGAAAUUGCACAAAAAGAUUUUAAGUUUCUGUCCUAUUACAAGUCAUGCGGGUGAAGUUAUUGGUCGGACAGUAGAAAAAUGCUUGCUUGAUUGGAAAAUUAGUAAAGUUUUGACUGUUACGGUAGACAAUGCUAGCUCAAAUGACACUUGUUUGCAAUAUUUGAGAAGAAGGCUUAUUAAUUGGAAAUGUAUUGUCUUAAAUGGAGAAUACUUGCAUAUGAGAUGUGCUGCCCAUGUUUUGAAUUUGACGGUUAGGGAGGGAUUGAAAGACUUGGAAGACUCUAUUGUUAGGAUUCGAUCAGCUGUGAGAUAUGUUAGGUCUUCACCUGCUAGAGCUCAAAGAUUCAAAUCUUGCAUAGAAAAAGAAAGAAUCGAAAGUAAAAACCUUGUAUGCCUUGAUGUUGAAACUAGGUGGAAUUCCACAUUUUUAAUGUUAGAGGCUGCUCUAAAAUUUCAAAAGGCAUUUGAGUUGCUAGAAACUGUGGAUAGCAAAUAUGUCGAAGAGUUGACUCCCCAAAGUGAGAAUGAUACUCGUAAGAGUUCUAAGAUGAGGGGUGUGCCAACUGAGAUGGAUUGGGAGUAUGCAAAAGAUUUGUUGCCUUUUCUUCAAAUUUUUUAUGAUUCUACUGUGAAAAUGUCGGGUUCACGUUAUGUGACAGGAAAUGUAUAUAUGAAUGAAAUUUUUGGCAUUGGUGGUCUUCUUAAUUCAUUUCAAGAAAGUGAUGACUUUGGUUUGUCAACUAUGGCUGGAAAUAUGAAGAAAAAAUAUGACAAAUAUUGGGGUAAUGUUGAAAGGAUUAACAUAUUGAUUCUGAUUGCUGUUGUUCUUGAUCCCCGGCAUAAACUAAGUUAUGUUCAAUGGGCUAUUGAUGAGGAUAUGAUCCUAAGAAUGCUGAAAUUUUAA